UCUUAUUCUCCGAUUCUCGCAGAAUAAGAUUUAGGAUCCGUCACCCUGGUCCUCACAAUUACCAAUCCCACUGGCUCGAUUUCAUGGUAGGAAACGUAGUUCGUUGCCGCGACACCGACAAUUUAUGAGAAGCGAUACGGUUUUUCUCUUUGCAGAGGUGGAUUUCCGUUCCUGCACCGAGUAGUUUGUCAGAUUUAAAUGUCCCAUAGUAGACGACUGGUUAGACCUACUACUUGCAGCGGGCGAUCGGACCCCCGAUGAUCGGUAGCCACUGGUAGUUGGGUGGGCGACACGGUGUUCUCUGCCGGCCGAAGCGAUGAUAGCGUUCCGCUCAGAGGAGUUUUCGUGCGACGGGCCGCCCAGCACCAACCGAGUUCUCGUGCAUAUUUUCAAGAGUCGAUGCCCUGAAAUCCGAGUCCUUGCCUUCUGGAUUUAAGUUCAUGGGUAGUUUAUUUUAAAACUGGAAUCAACUGGUUUCCAGACUCCACCGUUAAUCGGGUGAUCGGCCCUUAGAUACGCUCUUCGGAUGGCGCUGAGAUUGUAGCGGGAUCAAAAAUUUGAAAUUGACCUCAAACAACCAGUUACUCAAUUUCUCAAUCCCAAAGUUCUAAGAAAAUACAAGACAGAAAGACUGAAAGUCAAAUAAAUCACAUUUAUUAAGAGCUUAAAAAACAAAUGGUUACAUUCUCACUAAAUGGAUAUGUUCAUGUAUGGAAUAUUCAACAUUUUAAACGAGUAAUUGCAAUUUUGAUUAUUAUUGUUAUUUCUUACAAACGACAUAAUUUUUAAUCUAAUAAGAUAUAUUCUGAAUAGUGUUGAUUACUUAAUUUAGUAGUUACUAAUGUGAUCCCAAGUAUACAAAAUAUGAAAAUGAAUGUCCAUUUCCGGUCAACGAAUAAAAUAGGUAUUCACAAAUACAUAUUUAUACAAUUACGAAUAUUUGAACUUUUUAUUCAUAUCUCUUUUUGUAUUACAGAAGUCUUCAAUACAAUUAUCAGAGGAAGAUUGUCGGAGAAAUUACUGCAUGGCAAUGAUAAAUGAUAGUAGUUUAUAUGCUGUUGGGUGCAAAUCAAAUACACUGUUACUUGAUUCAAGAACUUUAGAGACCAUACAAGAAAUUCCUGUAAAUCCUAAUAGACUUGGUAUUUGGUCUUUAAGUUUCCAGGAUAAUGUAAUUACAAUCGGUACAGGUAUUGGUGUUAUAAUGUUUUAUCAUAUACGGGCUGGAAAGUACUUAGAAUCUAGUUUCAACUCCAGUAGAAAAGUUGCUUUAAAACCAAGUAUAGGUUAUGUUGUAAGUAUCUCCAUGACAGUCAUUGAUAAGUGAUUGUGGAUACUGAAUAAUAAAAACCAUUAUGUCCAUAUAUAUAAUACCUAUAUAAAUUAUGUACAAGGACACACUUAGGAUUUUGAUUUGGUUGGGGGGGGGGGAGAGGGGACUUACACAAUUUCCUAUAUUACUUUUCUUACAUACAAGACGUAAUCAAUAAAUAAUAACUAAUUUAUAAUUAUCAUUUUUUAAAUUUAAUUUUUACAAAAUAGAUCAUAAUAAAUAUAAUAAUUAUAUGUUGUAUGUGUUUACAAUUAUAUUCAUAUUACAGACAUACCUAAUGUAUAAACAUGGCGUUUGUAUCAAUUUAAAGUUCAAACUGCAGUUUUUGAGUAAUUUGAGAUAGUUUUUUUCAGAAUAACUGAAUAAGUGUAUUAAGAUAUUAAGAACAAGUAGAUAUACAAAACAAAUUUAAUUUAGAUUUUUACUAUAAUAACCAAAUUCGAACAUGCAUACGUAUAAUAAUUAAUAAGCACAACAGCAAAAUCGAAUAAACUGUGCACU